CUCGGAAUCUAUGAAAUGGACCAUUCAUCGGAUCCCUCGCGGCCACCAAUCAGUCUCGACAACGACGAUUGCAACGACGAGCGAAAGUGGUGUUGCAGCGCUCCCGCUGCAAGCGCCUGUGCGUGUACGACGGUCGUUAACUUCAACUGGGACGGUGUCAACCGCGGAGACGGCGGCUCGUUGCCGGAGAGUUGUUUCACCUCGCGUCGCCACUGGCCGACGGCAAGCGCGCGUUUCCGAUGGUGCGCGCAGCAGUUCGCGUUCGGCGCGAGAGGAUUCGGAUUUCGCGCUUUCGAUCCGCCGGCGCCGCGCUCCUCCACCGCCGUGGCGCACUUUUUUCCGCGCCAGAAAGCGAAAAAGCGCGCCAGAACGCCGUCCAACGAGGGCAGCCCGGAGCGGAUCACGUGGUCCCCGCCUCGUGACGCGCGGGGCGUGCCGGGAAGGAGGCGCCUGUCGGCGUGCAUCCCUGCGAGCUGGCGCCGCCGCCAGCAGCAGCAGACGAACUCGGCGAGCGGCGGCCGGUCGCGACGAGCAGCAGUAGCGGCGGCGGCCUCGGCGGCCGACAGCGAUUCGUGCUCGCCCAUGGAGACGGCGGGCUCGCACAGUCAGCCGCACAUAUCGCGGCUCUACCCGGAGAUCCUGGCGCUCAUCUUCAGCUACCUGGACGUGCGGGACAAGGGUCGCGUGUCGCAAGUGUGCUCCGCGUGGCGCGAGGCCGCGUACCACAAGUCCGUGUGGCGGGGCGUCGAGGCGAAGCUCCACCUGCGACGCGCCAACCCGUCUUUGUUCCCGAGCCUGGUGCGGCGCGGCAUCCGGCGCGUUCAGGUGCUGAGCUUGCGGCGCUCGCUACGCGACGUCAUCCAGGGGGUGCCGAACCUCGAGGCGCUCAACAUGAUCGGUUGCUUCAACCUGACCGACGCGUGGCUGAGCCACGCCUUCGUCCAGGACGUGCACUCGCUGAGCGAGCUCAACCUGAGCAUGUGCAAGCAGAUCACCGACAACAGCCUCGGUCGCAUCGCGCAGCACCUCAAGGGCCUCGAGCGGCUCGACCUGGGCGGCUGCUCGAACGUCACCAACACCGGCCUGCUCCUCAUCGCCUGGGGCCUGCAGAACCUGCGCUCCCUCAACCUGAGAAGCUGUCGCGGCGUCUCGGACCCCGGCAUCGGCCACUUGGCGGGCAUGACCCCCGAUGCCGCAAUCGGCACCCUCAGGCUAGAGUCGCUAUGCCUGCAGGACUGUCAGAAGCUCACCGACGAAGCGCUGAGGUUUAUCAGCAUCGGUCUGGACGACCUGCGAUGUCUGAACCUGAGCUUCUGCGCCAGCGUCACGGACGCCGGCCUGAAGCACGCCGCUCGCAUGCUGCGCCUGCGGGAGCUGAACCUGCGCUCCUGCGACAACAUCUCCGACCUGGGCUUGGCGUACCUCGCCGAAGGCGGGUCGCGGAUCAGCACCCUCGACGUCAGCUUCUGCGACAAGGUGGGCGACCAGGGUCUACUGCACGCCUCGCAGGGCUUGUUCCAGCUGCGCAGCUUGAGCCUCAACGCGUGUCCCGUCAGCGACGACGGCAUUGGACGCGUGGCGCGAUCCCUGGGCGACUUGCAAACGCUACACCUGGGCCAGUGCGGACGCGUCACCGACAAGGGUUUGAGCCUGAUAGCGGACCACCUCAAGCAGCUACGGUGCAUCGACCUCUACGGCUGCAUCAAGAUCACCACCGUCGGACUCGAGAAGCUCAUGCAGCUGCCCAACCUCGGCGUGCUCAACCUCGGCCUCUGGCAACACCAACUACACCAACAACAGAGUCCACCACAACAGCGGCACAUCCGGUGACGCGCCCACGCAGUGCCUCCUCGUGUGUGAUGCUGUUCUUUUUUGCUUGCUCAAAGUGAUGACGACGUCCGUCGCCUUCUUCGCUGUGCGCGGGAGGGACUCGGUGACGGCGGUUUUUUUUUUUUUUUUUUUCUUUUUUUGGUCUUGCUCAAAACGUGCACACUGUGAACACAAUGUGCGGGAUCAGAAAUGGAUUAAAAUGAAGUGUGCCAAUCGCUGCACCUCCGUCGUCCAGAAGCAGCGAUGUUCAGGCCUCGACCCACACCUUUAUUGUAAGUACUACGAUGCGUCAAAGAACCCGCCGCAAAAACGCGAGCUUAGCACGUGUAUAGCGCUGUGUACAGGACUGGUCCAAAUAUUCUUCCUGCUCGUGCCACAAGGAGACGUUCGCUCCGACUUUUGAAGCUGUAAAUAUACUGUGUACAUAGCUAUUUCUCUUGUACAUGUUGCCCUGUAAAUAAGUUAUCCGAGAGAGACAAGCUGUACAUACCAGUCAACGAAUCGCAGCGUUAGUAAAGUUUGUUUUCAGAAAAAAAGAA